CCGCUGCCAUCUGAAGAACCUCCAGAAGAAACUACAGCUGCUCAAAGUCCUGAGGAUAUUAAAGAAACAGAAAAUAAUGCGCCGCCACAAGAAAUAAUUGUUGACUUGGUGCACACAGACGAGGUCAAAAAGAUGGACAAACGCAAGAAAAAUAAAGGCAAGAAAAGGUCUGCUGAGAAGAAGAGAAAGUCCUCGGCGGUCCACACAAAGGUAGACUUUCCUCCACACAUGGUGAGGGCUCACCAAGCGGCCUACGACUUCCUCAAUCCAAACAUCUCCAAAUACGAAACCCUGCUGGGCCUUCUGGACCAGGCCGCCCAGACACAUCUGUCCCUCCAGCCCAUGAUGUCUGCUGUGGUGCUGCGCUUUGAGGAAAUCAACCAGGCGCUGGAAGAGAUGGCUGAGGAGGGGGAGCUGAUGCUGAAGGAACAUGGGGACUGCAUGGCCCUUCCCUCCGGGAUGACGGCUUCUGGCGUCAGGCCGGCGAAGCCCAGCACCGAUACAGCCUGCCCCUCUGAUCCACCUCCAGACCUCUUACAGCAAAUGCUUCAGCAUUCCACGGAGAAGAUGAGGCAGGUGGGGGGCUCGGUCCAGGCCCUGGGCGACACCAGCCUGGAGGAGGCAGUGGAGUACUUCUCUUCAGUCUCUAGACUACUUGUGGAGAAGCUGCAGGCCAAGCAGGCAGCGGAACAGCGGCUGGCCCAGGUGCUCGCGCGUGUCGAAUGCGCGGCAAUGAGGAAGUCCAACCCAGAGGACUCGGCCCUGCACAGCGAGGACAGCGGGAUCGGCGGGGAGAACGAGAGUCUAACGGGGUCUGAAAGGCACCGCCGCCACCGAGGGAGCGCUGGAUCGGGAAGCUGUGGCUCUGGGGUCAACAACCCAAUUCCUAAUUUAGCCAAUUUAAGGUUUCCCAGUCCUCCGGUCUUCAGGCCUCAGUCCGCCUCCAGCACCUCCUCCCGCCCCAGCUCUCCCAGAACCGUGACUCGUGCCUCAGAUAGGACCCCAGAAGAGAUCAUCCCCUCCGUGUCUUUUCGAGAUGCGCGCUCGGUGUUCUGCCGAAACGAGCCCCAGACGCCUCAGGCGCCCGGGAGCUGUGUGCUCCCCAGGCGAUGGGGCGACGGCUCCCGAGGCCGAGCGGCUUCCAGAGAGACAGACGCCGCCUCCAGCCGCCGAACUCAGUCCGAGCAGCGGCCCGGCGUGACUGCCCAGCUUUCCAGGGAUCGCAGCUCAGCCUCGAGCCAGGGCCUGCGAGGGAACGAGUCCUUCAAUCAGAGGCCGGACGGCGCUCUGAUGACGGCCCACGACGGCCAGUAG